UUGAAUAGGGAAGUUUUGCAGGGGUUACGUUUGCAGUCAGUCCGGUGUUUGCAAAUAUUGUGUGGGCUCGCGAGCGCGUCUCUGGACUCCGGCAGGAUCUGAACCCGCGGCGCCUCACUGCUGGGCACUGAGUUUGCAUGAAACUUUCCCUGCGCUGCAGGCACGGCCGCUGCGCUCCCGACUCCAGACCGCACACCUCCGUGUUGGUUCAACAGCGGGGACUGUCUUUUCCAAACCGACAUGGAUGUACUCCCAAUGUGCAGCAUCUUCCAGGAACUCCAGAUUGUGCAUGAGACCGGGUACUUCUCGGCGCUGCCCUCCCUGGAGGAAUAUUGGCAACAGACCUGCCUGGAGUUGGAACGCUAUCUCCAGAGUGAACCCUGCUAUGUGUCAGCCUCUGAAAUCAAGUUCGACAGCCAGGAAGAUCUGUGGACCAAAAUUAUUCUGGCUCGGGAGAAAAAGGAAGACCCGGAAGUGAAGGUUUCCUCCAGUCCCCCUGAGGAUGCUCUCAGCAGCCCCAGCUUUGGCUACAACCUGGAGACCAACAGCUUGAACUCGGAUGUGAGCAGCGAGUCAUCGGACAGUUCCGAGGAACUCUCACCCACUUCCAAGUUUACCUCCGACCCCAUUGGCGAAGUGCUGGUCAACUCGGGGAACCUGAGCUCCUCAGUCACCUCCACACCCCCUUCUUCCCCAGAACUGAGCAGAGACCCUUCCCACCUGUGGGGCUGUGCACCCGGUGAGCCGCACCCUCCAGGGAAGAUACGCGGUGGGACUUCCGGGAAGCCGGGUGACAAGGGCAGCAGCGGGGACGCCUCCCCAGACGGCCGGAGGAGGGUGCACCGAUGCCACUUUAAUGGCUGCCGAAAAGUUUACACCAAAAGCUCCCACUUGAAAGCACAUCAGCGCACUCACACAGGAGAAAAGCCUUACAGAUGCUCAUGGGAAGGGUGUGAGUGGCGUUUUGCAAGAAGCGAUGAGUUAACCAGACACUUCAGAAAGCACACUGGUGCCAAGCCUUUUAAAUGUUCUCACUGUGACAGGUGUUUCUCCAGGUCCGACCACCUGGCCCUGCACAUGAAGAGGCACCUCUGAGGGAGCAGAGUGUGAAUUCUGCGGCUAAAACGGCUUCCAGGCUGAGAGACGGCCAUGGAAGGAGGGUGCGUGUUCCAGCCAAAGCAUGCCAUUUUGCACCCCACCCAGUUGCCUCCAGGACCUCUCCUUGGAAGGUCUUUCGAAGGCGAAAGAAGUCAUGUCAGAAGCGGCAGAGCGCCUGUGGUGUGUGGUGUUUGGGUGGCCUGGACUCGCCACUGGUACCUAUCUUCUGAGUGGUCCCUAAGCCUUUGCCGUGAGCAUGUGCACUGAGAAUGUUAAUGGUUGGGUUGAUUGUAUGUGGAGGAUCUAUUAGGACUGUGUGAUGAGGCAGAGUCUUUCCUGUGCAGUAGCAAGACUGCAAGAGACAGAAAAAAAAUCGUUUGAAUGUUUUGUGUGUGACAGGUAAACCAUGAGAUGAGAUGACCACCAAUCAUUUCUUUGGGGGGUGGGAGGGUGUCUGCGCCUUAGGAAAAAAAAAAAAGAAAAAAAAGAAGGGAAAACAUGGAGGGCGGAGUGUGAGUGGUCAGAACCCUGUGUGGCGAGUGGAUGUGGGAGGGGGAGCCCUCCUGUGUGAGAGGAACAUUGGCGUCUGGUGCAGCUACGAAUCGAAUCGUGCAAUGUGUCAAGUAGCUUGUUCUACUGGCUACAACAGCUCAUUUGUUACCCUUUGUAUAAGCUGUGUAUUUACAAAUAUAACACAAUGGUAACCUUUCCUUAUAAGACAAAAGUAAUGCAUGGUCUAGGGAACUUUCUGCUUUUCCAUUUUUAAAUCAGAACUACAAUUUUGAUUCCAGUUACUGAGCAGCUAAGAUACAAUUUGUUGAAAUCAGUGAUCCCUAGCCAUUUGGGCCUGGCAAUACACAAUUUCUCUCCCCUUCGAUUUUGUAACACUCCCCUUCCAGAAAGGUGGUGUGCAACAUAGGAUUGUUUUUUAAAUGAUUCUGAAUUUGAUGACCUUUUUGGAAAUUUAAUGAUGCCCUUCAAGACAUUGGACACCUACUGGGUGUCAAGAAUGCGAGGGCUGGGAACUCCUGGUCUAAUGUUACAUUAGACUAAGAACCUAAAAUUUUCUCAGUUGGGUGGAUAAAACCACUAAAGCUUAGAAAGUGUUUUCUCAUGCAGCUAUGUUUCUCUUAUUUAUGCCUUGAGGACUAAUUUCUGGUUUUCUAGCUGUUAAUGCACUGUAGAUCUUAAUAAUGGUGCCUUAUGCAAGUGGCCCCUUAUGUGGGGGUCUCAUACAGGGGUAUGGGUGAUGCAUGCUUUAUUAAGGCUCUUUUUUCACCUGGCAUUGUACUGUAUCAAUGUAAAAUACAGAAAAAAUCUCUUUAAAGUCCUCCUUCACAAAGACAAAUAGAGAGAUGAAAACCCCCCAAACAAGUCAGUAUUUACUCAAUAUUUUGCAUAACUUGACCAUCAGUGUUAAAAUGGAAAACACAUGAUAAUUGAAAAACCUGACCAUUUCUGCCACCAUGAGACUUUUCAUAUAGACUUUGCACAACAAUUGUAUAGUUCACACACCGGCUGUAUUUAAUAUGUAAUGUUUUCACGCAUAUUAAAGAUACAGAAGUAUAAAAAAAACAAUGUUAAUGUAUUUGCUUAAAAGGCACAAGUUUCACAUACCUAUCUAGCUAUUUGUUGGUAAUACAGAAAGUAUAUUAAUUUUUUAAAAGUGGGCAGAAUUCUUGUGUAUGUAUAUUUGUGUGUAUAGUAUGUAUAUGUUUGUGUGUGUAUAUAUAUAUACAUAUAUAUAAUAUAUAAAUAUUUUUUUAAGGAGAAAUUAGAUGUUUAGCUAGAAAAUUUCACAGCCUGUGAAGAAAUAUUUCAAAAUGGCCAUAAAGGAGGUAAAAAUGAAAACUAUAACUUUUAUAAAGGCUUUAUCUUUAAUUUAAUUAUUUGCUGUAGACUCUUGGCAAGGACUCUGUUCCAGACUGCUGACUCUGCUCAUCUUACUGCCAGGUCUGGAACAGGGUACUGUUGGCCACUCAAAAUUGGCAUGAACGGAAUACUAGCCCACAAGUUGGUCUCAGACACACUAUGGUUUUGAUUUUUAAUUUCAGCCUUAUUAGAAGAUCUAAGAGUCAGCUAAUUACAGGGAUUUUUUUAGAACACUUUUUAUGCAGAUGAAGUUGGUUUUUUGUUGUUGUUUUUUUUUAGUACAUAGAUUCUUCCCAUUUUUCCAAUGAAUAAUUUCCCUGAAUUGGCACACCACAGUGUGGACAGCUGAUAUUUCAUCCAGCUGCUGGCUUGUGGGUGUGGAUUUUUUUAUAUAUAUAUACAUAUAUAUAUACACAUGUGAGUCUGGCUGGGCUGGUAUUUUGUUUGAUCUUCCUGGAAAUGAGCAAUGAUGAAAGCUCGAAUAACUGGUUUUUUUAUCUGGGCUGAUGAAUACACUUACCUAAAGAACUCAUUUCAUUUUGCUAAGGGGGAAAAUGCACUUUUGGCAAUUCAAAAUCCAGGCACUUGAUUUGCUGGAUUUUGGAAAACUCCUUUUUUGGCCCUGCUGUGCGCCUAGCCAUAACAAUUCCAUUAAGUAAGAAGGUAAACAAAAGACAAAAAGGAAAAAAAAAAACACGCAACUUGCACUGGCUUGUCUCACUUAUGAAACACCAUGGAGUUGUUUGAUUGGGUGGGGCUGGGUGCCGUGUAUAUCAAUGCCUGUAAUUUUCAUAAUAAGCAAGUACAUAAAGAAUUAUAUUCUGUUCAGGUGAUAACUGAGCCUCAAUCAAGCAGAAACUUUUUGCUUGACAUUAAAAAAAAAUUUCUAUUAGUGAAAUUUCUUUUUUUUUGAAGCACCCUGUUAUCUAAAGAAUCUUUGUAAGAUUUUUGUAAAAUUUUGUUUUACAAGAUUUUAUUUGAAAUUGUUUUUUGCAAGAUUGUUAUAUUUCUGUAUGAAUGUAUUUUUUAUUGGAAUAACAUAAAAGAAUUCUUAUCAGGA